AUGACUACUACUGCGAAUAACGCGACCGACAAGCCCGGAUCUCUCCCUGGCGAGACACUAGGGACAGUGCAGUUACGGCAUCAAUUAACCAACGAGAUCAUUUUGGUGCCAACUCCAUCGGGUGAUCCAAAUGACCCUCUGAACUGGGUGAAUGGGCGAAAGUAUUACAUAUUCGCCCUCACUUGCCUCAGCAUUUUUUCGUGCAACAUUUGUGCACCGGGUCCUUCAGUGGCCGUGGUCGAUCUAGCUAUUGAAUUCUUUGGCGCGCCUGACGAUCCCCGGUUUCUGGAAUGGGUCGGAAAAAUCGCAUAUAUGUUCACAGGUGCUUCGCUCACGAUUGGCAUCGGCGUGCUCUUUUGGGUGCCUCUUGCUAUCAAGUACGGAAGGAGGCCUGUAUAUCUCUGCGCCUUCUCUCUCCUCACUGCUUCUUGCAUCUGGUGCGGCGUGGCCAAAUCUUACGGCAGCGAGCUAGCUGCGAGACUCGUCCUCGGAAUAGCAGCUGGAGCUCCUGAAAUCGUGGCUCCUUUGACCAUCACGGACAUCUUUUUUCUCCACCAAAGGGGCGCCGUCAUGGCGUUCUAUAACUGCGCUCUGUCCUGCGGCGUGGGUGUGGGUAUCGUCAUCUUUGGAUUGGUGCUCAGGAUGCAGACCUGGCGUACAAUUUAUUGGAUCUGCACGGCUCUGACCGGUCUCUGCACCGUCCUGAUGUUCUUCACAUUCCCAGAGACGGCAUACAAUCGCAAUCGCAGCACCUUUACCGGGGAUUUACCGGCACGCACUUCGCAGGAUUUAAAACGGGAGCAGCUCGAUCGCGCACAGGAAGUGGAGGCCUUGCCAUACGCUCCUUUUGUGACCACAUACAAGAAGCAGUCCUUCGUCCAACAGCUCAAAGUUCUUACUCAUGUCUACACGGACGAGAGCCUCGGGCUCCUGGUCUUGCGACCGGUAGUCUGUCUCGCCCUUCCAGGAGUACUCUGGGCGACCCUGAUCAACUCGGUCACCAUCGGCAUGAUCGUCGUACUUUCUUCCAAUUUUACCGCGGCGUUCCAACAAGCCUAUGGCUUUGAGGCAUGGCAAUCUGGACUCACCUUCAUCUCGACCAUCGUCGGCUCGCUGAUGGCCAUCGCCGCUGGCGGACAUUUCUCCGACUGGAUGGCUGACAAGCUCACGCAAAGGAACAAUGGCGUUCGUGUCCCUGAGAUGCGUCUGCCGGCGCUCAUCAUCAGCCUCGUCACUGGGCCGUUGGCUUGUGUCCUUUAUGGUGUCGGAAUCGCGAAGCGUCUUCACUGGAUGUGCGCCGUCAUUGGCAUUGGCCUAGUCAACUUCACAGUAGUUCAGUCUAACAAUAUCUCCGUCGUUUACAUCUUGGAUUCCUAUCGCCCUAUUGCCGGCGAGGUCGUGGUCACACAGGCCGCUUUCAAAGCCUGCUUCGGAUUUCUUUUGAGCUUCUAUACCAAUCCAUGGGUUGAGCAGUCUGGAUACGCUGGCGCCUUUGGUGCCAUGGCUGGUAUUGUCGGGGGGGUCCUCAUCUGCUUUAUCCCUUUCUACAUUUUCGGCGCCCGCAUAAGACGUGCGUCUUGGAGGUGGCCAUUCAUUAGAAAGGUAGCACAUUGGUCGGAGGACCGUGAAGUUGGGGAGUGA